AAAACGUCACCAAACAAGCCUCCAAGUUUAGAAAAAAACCCCAUUAACUCCCUCUCUGCAUCUUCUUCUUUCCUUUGUAUCUGCGGAGCCGCCUCGGAGAAACAUGGAUGGGUCUCAGAUGAACAGACUUCCGCAGGACACGCUGCAGCUAAUCUUCUCCUCUCUCCCUCUUCGUGACAUUAUUGCCUGUAGAUCGGUCUGCAAGUCCUUCAAUCAGACGCUCACGUCAUCGUCCUUCAUGGACCUCAUUUCAACCCGACCCCCUCUCCACUUUCUCGCCCUUCGCCCUCCUCCUCAUCAUCAUCGCCACCGCCACCGUUGCCACGAGUCCUUCCAGCCCUCCCUCCACGUGUACGAUUCCUGCCACAAUAAAUGGCUCAGAUUUAGUCUCGAUUUCUUGCCUUUCAGAUCACCUCACCCGGUCGCAUCGGCGGGUGGACUCGUGUAUUUGUGGGGCGAUUCGACGAACUCUACCGAGUCGAAUAAGUCGCUCGUGGUCUGUAACCCGUUGACUCGUCAGUAUAGAGUUCUUCCCCAGCUGGGUUCCGCCUGGUCGCGUCACGGUUCUGUCCUCGUUGACUCGGUGAACCGGAUCAUGGUUCUGACCGAACUCGCUGCCCUCUACUUCUCAGGUUCCUCAAACAAGUGGCUCAAAUUCUCCUCGAAUUUACCGUCUAAACCGCGAAGCCCAAUGUUAAUUUCGAACUCUGUGUAUGCUCUGUGCGAUGUUGGGUCUCCGUGGAGAAAUCGAUGGAAGCUAUUUACUUGUAGUCUUAACAGCUCGAACGAUCAUCAUCACAAUUGGGUCCGUCUUGAAAAACCCGAGUGGGGAGAUAUAUUCGAUAUCAUAAAACGGCCGCGUUUGGUUCGUGGGAGUGGGAGUAACGAAAUUCUGAUGAUCGGAGGCCUGAAAUCAACGUUGUCACUAAACCCAGCAUGCUCUACAUUACUGAUACUGAAGUUGGAUUUGGAUAGCUUGGAGUGGGAGGAGGCAGAUCGGAUGCCUGUGGAUAUGUACAGGUGUUUUCAGGAGUCAACCAAGUUCAAGGUGUUUGGUGGCGGGGAUAAGGUAUGCUUCUCUGCGAAGAGGGUUGGAAGAUUGGCACUUUGGGAUAGCGGAGAGGGUUGGAGGUGGAUUGAUGAGAUGCCAGGAAAUGGUGAUGGACUCUCUAGAGGCUUUGUGUUUGAAGCACAGCUUAAUGCUUUGCCGUGAGAUGAUGAUGAUUGCGCGACGUUGCGCACUAAAAGGCAACUGAACUCUCACUCUCUGUCUCGACUCACACACUCUCCUUCCGCUGCGCCUCAGCUCCGGCCAAAGCCUACUUCACUCGCGUUCGUGAAAAAUCCUAAGGAGGACUGCAUAUCUCUUCCACCACUGUCUUCACUCUGGUUUGCUCGGAGGAUUCUUACACGGACGAUCGUACAAUCAAAGGUACAUCUGGUUUAGGCUAUUGUUUGAGUUCAUAGCUGGUUUGUUCUCAAGUGAUUGGAUUAUCAUCUCCAAAGUGUAAGCCACUCUUGUUCCUUUUUCUCUGCGGCUCUGUUUCAAUUGGUGUUAUAUUUAUUGGGAUUUUGAGGUUUCUUUUGGCUCUGCUUUAAUUUCUCUGAUAAUAUAUUGGUUACCGAAGGUCUUUCAUGGGGUUUGAGGGUUAUAUUUUCUUCAA